UUCAAAGAUCCCUUCUUUCUUAUUUUCCUUCCAUUAUUUUCGCCGUCCAAACACAAAUAUGUGCAACAAAAACAACAGUACCAGACGAAGUAAUAGAAAACCGAAAGCUCGUAGUUUUUCUUUGGAACAUUCUCGUAAAACCCGAAGUAAAACAAGGAGACCGAAGUACCUUAGCCUUCAUCGCCUUGAAGAAAACCUACCUCAGAUGUCGGUAGCCGCCGGAAACAACGAAGAAGACGAAAACAACAAAGAAGUUACAGACAAACAGCUUAAUCUUUUCCCACUUCACCCCGAGAAUUUGGUUGAAGACAGAGACGCACAGUACGAUAAUGUUUCUAUGCUUUUCAACUCGACGGAGGAAGACGGCGGUCAUGCCGUUACACUGAACGGUCUCUUGGACAGCGAAGGAAGUGAAAAUUAUAAGAAUCAAACAGCGACGACGACGGUGACGUCGGAUGAGAGCCCCUUGUCGCCUUCUUUAACGUACGGGUGUUACGGUUGCGAUGAUCGUACGAAGUUGUCGCUUGUACGGACGGCUAUGAAAGGUAAGAAGGAGAGGGAUGAGAGUGAGGAGAGGUGGGUGGUUUAUUCUGAGGUGGUGGAGAAGAAGGAGAUGGAAGAGGUGAGUAGCGGUGGAGACGGUGGCUGUGACGACGGUGCAUGGUGGAGUAGGAGGAAGACGAAAAAGUUGUUGGCUUUGAAGCUUGAUUACGAGGAGAUCAUGAAUGCCUGGUCUGAUAAGGGCACCCUUUACAUUGAAGGGGAGUCCCCUCAAACUGUCCCUCACUUGCAUGCCAAUAUUCUAUACGGCGGUUCGGGAAGUGCUUCGAAUGUGUGGAAGGUGCCAGAAAUGACGAGUGGUUUGAAGAUUAAGGAAGAAGAAGAUGGAAAAGAAGACUGGAAAAAGGGGCAUAGAGAAGCAAGUGUGUUGAGAUACAAAGAAAAGAGGCAAAAUAGGCUUUUCGCUAAGCGAAUUCGGUAUGAAGUCCGAAAACUCAAUGCCGAAAAGCGCCCAAGGUUGAAGGGUCGAUUUGUGAAGAGAGAUUGAGUUUGAAGAGAUGAAGUCGAUUUUUGAAAUAAUGGCGGUUUUGAAUCGAUGAAAAUACUCUUUAUUAUAUUAUAAUAUCAGUGAGGUAUAGUUUAUAUAUCUGAUACUUGUAAAUAUGAAGAGUACUGUCAUUUGGAGCCCCAUCAGCUACCUUUGUUUCCC